UUGCGAGAGUGAUCGAGAUCGGAUUUGAGUUCCUUCGCGAGAAAUUUGAAUUAGACGAUAUCGCCGGAACCCUGAGGCGGCGGUGCGAUGGCCGCAACCAAAGAGCUACAGCGUGAACUAGAGAACAAGGCCAACGAUCUCAACAAAAUUCAGAAAGAUAUAUCGAAGAAUCACCAAGUCAGGAAGAAAUACACUAUUCAGCUUGGCGAAAACGAGCUUGUCCUCAAGGAACUUGAUUUGUUGAAUGAGGAUGCGAAUGUGUACAAAUUGAUUGGUCCGGUGCUAGUGAAACAGGAUUUAGCUGAGGCAAAUGCCAACGUUCGCAAGCGGAUUGAUUACAUCUCUGCCGAAUUGAAGCGUUUAGAUGCUACUCUUCAAGAUUUAGAAGAAAAGCAAAACAGCAAGAAAGAAGCGAUUUUCAAGGUACAACAAAGAAUUCAAUCCCUGCAGGCUGGAAAAGCAAAGGCAUAAUACCCCGAGUCGACAAAUGUGUAUUAUCAGCAUAAACGUGGUCUCGUCUAAGUUGGAAAUGCAGUGUGUGCCGUUGAUGAAUUAUAAUUAUCUAGGUAACUAACGAGCUACGAUGCCCAACUUUUAUUGUCUCCAUCCAUGUAACGUGUGAUUUUUUAAAGAUAUUAUGCUCAUAUGGAUUUUUUUUCAUAUUGCCUGUUAACAUCCGUUUUAAAACUUGGAUUCUUUAACAUAUGAUU